AUGUCGGGUUCGAGAAAGCGCAGCUUAUUUUACGACAUAUUCGAUGGCCCGAGUUCGCAAGACGAUCGGUACAGGACUCGCAUGUCGAUAGAUGCGAAAAAUUCGCUCGAGCUGCUGCGCAAGAUGACGAAACCGGUAAAGGUUGAAGGGCACAAGGGUUGCGUUAACACGCUCUUUUGGAGCGAGGACGGUCAGAUGCUGCUGUCGGGCUCGGACGAUCAACACAUCGGCGUAUGUAAUCCGUUCACCAGCACGAGAACGAUACACCGCGUAAGGACGAAGCACCGUGCGAACAUCUUCAGCGCACGCUUUUUGCCACAAUCUAACAAUAGAGAGGUGGUGUCCUGUUCGGGAGACGGUGUCGUACAGCACACUAAUCUCGAUAUGGUUGCUAAUGCACAGUUGGAUGUGAACGGUGGAUAUUGUACGACUUACUUCGCAUGCCACACUAGAGGUACGACGUAUGAGGUCACGACCAUACCGAACGAGCCUCGGGUAUUCUUAUCCUGCGGUGAGGAUGCCACCGUUCGUCUAUUUGAUCUGCGCUUUGCGACGAGCUGCUACCGCAGCAAUUGCAUGGAGAACGUCCUGAUCUAUAGUCCAGCGGCAACAACGGCUAUGGCGUUAUCGCCCACCUCACAGAACUAUAUCGCUGUUGGCAGCUCGGGUAGCAACGUACGGAUCUACGACCGGCGUUAUCUCGCUGUGAGGAAUUUUGCAGCGACCACGGAUUCCAGCGUGGAUCUGUACACCGUCCCGUUGAAGCUGUACACCAACCCGACGAACGAGAAGCGUCCGUUCCGUGUCACCUCGAUCGAGAUUGAUCGAAGCGAGCAGCAGAUGCUGGUGAACUACUCCUCCGAUCAUGUGUAUCUCUUCAACUUGAUGCAUCCUGGCCUUAUGUCGUCCCUUCGCGUGCCACUGGUAUCCGAGUGGGAAAUCGUCGGAAGAAUACCGAAGCGUAACACGAACCGACAACCGACGUCCGGUGAAGGACCUACACCCGUGCGUCGGCUCCGUUUGCGUGGCGAUUGGUCCGACACUGGUCCGGAAGCGCGCCCGUCGCAGGAAGCUAACUCCUCGAAUCUGCUCGCGAGUCAGGACCGGCCACGUUUGCAGGCCACUAUCAUGACGCGUAUGGCGGAGAUGAUGGCUCAGAUGCUGGCUGAUCCGCAGCUUCGCGAAGGUUUGAGAAGCCGUGCGAGCAGAGAUCGGCUUGUGUUUGAUGCUGAGCAUGCGAUUUUGGUCGCUGCUACUAGAGGAGGUACUGCUCCUGUCAGGCGCCUUCCGCACGCUGACCAAGACGUGGCGGAACAGGAGCCUUCAACGUCUGAUUCACCGCAGCCUGAAUGGGCUAGACCACAAGAGCGGCCCUCAACAUCGGUUGUAAGGCCUUACUUCCGUAACUUACGGCCAAGACCAUUGCAGUCUUCAACAUCCAUAGCAUCGCAGUCUUCGACAUCACAGCCUGCGACGGCCAGAGUUCAAAACCGUUCGAUGAUCAGAACACAACACUCUUCGCCGUCCAGAGCUCCACAGCCUUCGACGGCCAUAGAAUCGCAGCCUUCGACAUCCACAAUAUCGCAGCCUGCGUCUUGCACAGUUCCACAGUCCUCGGCGUCCAAAGCACAACAGCCUUCGACGUCCAGAGCACCGGAACCUUCGACUUCCAGAGCACCGGAACCCUCGACGUCUAGAUCACCACAGCCAUCGACGUCCAGAGCAUCGGAAUCGUCGACGUCUAGAGCACGUGCAUUACUCGCACCACCUAUAUCACUGGAAACUGAAACUGGCACGGCCAGACGGAAUCCUACGAUUGAGGGACGCAAUACGUUUAUCAUACAACACAACUAUUGCACCUGUGGUGAUCCCAGCGAGGAAGUCAUAACCUUCGAUACCUUCGAUUACGUCGUGCAGAAGUACGUCGGUCAUCGUAACGCUCGUACAUUAAUGAAGGAGGCCAAAUUUUGGGGCGAUAAUUUCGUAAUGUCCGGUUCCGACUGUGGUGGGAUAUUUACGUGGGAUCGCAAAACCGCCAAACUGGUCAUGCUGAUGGCCGGUGACAAUCAUGUAGUGAACUGCAUCCAGCCACACCCGACUCUACCGAUACUGGCCACGUCCGGUAUCGAUUACGAUAUCAAAAUUUGGGAACCUACCGCCGAGGAAAGCCAAUUUGAUGAAGGCGUUGCUAGUAAACUUAUGGAGCGCAAUGCAGUGAUGUUGGAAGAAACCAGGGACAUCAUAACGGUUCCUGCGUCGUUCAUGAUUCGGAUGUUGGCGUGCCUUCAUACGCUUCGAAACCGACCGUUGAAGCGGCUGCUUAAAACGGUUCCAAGCGUUCAAGAACGCUGGAUCGUGGGGGGUGAGGCGCCCGUCCUCAUCAUCGUUUCGUACGACGGCUUCCGGACGGAGUAUCUGCAGCGCAACAGCACCUCCUAUAUGAACGAACUGCGCCACAAUGGGACCACCAGUGCGUACCUACGGAACGUCUUCCCGACCAAAACCUUCCCGAAUCAUCACAGCAUUGCGACCGGUGUGUACCCAAACGUGCAUGGCGUGCUGUCCAGCACCCUGUACGAUUCGCAACAGGGUGAUCUGAACUACUCCUACGAGCUGUACCAUUUUAACCCCACCAUCAUGCCGAUCUGGGCCCUCAACCAACUCGCGGGAGGCCACAGUGGCUGCAUGAUGUGGCCAGGAUCAGACUUUGGGUAUGGUCCGAGUAAUGCCACCUGCAGCCACGUGCAACCACUGAACAUCUCCAUCCCAUGGACCGAUCGCAUCAACACCAUCUUCCGGUGGAUACGAGACACCGACCGACCCGCCAACCUCAUCAUGCUGUACAUCGAGGAACCGGACUACUACGGACACGUGUACGGUCCCGACUCCGACCGUAUCGAACAGCUGGUGGUGAAGCUGAACGACCUAACGCGCCAGCUGCACGCGAAAAUCGCCGACCUGCGGCUGCAGGAACGCGUCAACGUGGUACACCUAAGCGACCACGGCAUGGAACCGGUAAUGCCGAAGCAUUUUAUCAAUCUCACCGCACUGGUGGCGGACGAGCUGAAGUAUGACACGUACGGCACCUCGCCGGUGCUGCAAAUCGUGCCGAAGGUGAAGCAGGAGAAGUCGGAACUGUACCGGCAGCUGCGGAAGGCGGCUGAUGAGGAUGUACGGUUCGAUGUGUAUAUGCUGGAGAACUUGCCAGCUCGCUGGAGGUAUAAUAACUCCCGUCGGACUGGUCCGAUUACUGCCGUGGCGCAGCUUGGGUACGCGUUCGAUGAUAUGUGGAAGACGGUCGAGUACUAUCGUCAGCAUUUCGGUGUCGUAGUGACACCAGACACACAGUACGGCUUACACGGUUACGACAACUUCCUGCCGGUAAUGAACUCGAUCUUCUUCGCGUACGGACCCAGUAUCCGUGAGCAGCUGACCGUCGAACCGUUUGAUACGGUCGAUCUGUUCUAUCUGUUUUGCGAGAUACUUAACCUGAUGCCACCGACUUACCUGGAAGGCAACGUGAACCACAUUCAGCACAUUUUGAGCAACAGCUCCCGCGACGAUGACGAUGAUGAUCCCAACGGUGGCAAUAGUCCGGAUAGCUCGCGUGCGGAAACAAUCGCAGUGAUCUUCGCCGGCAGCCUCGUGGUUUCGUUUGCCAUCGUGAGUUUGUUUGCGCUAGCCGUCAUUUACCAGCGACGAAGACGCGAGCACAUGGUGCCACCUUAUCUGUACGAGGAAACGGAAACGUUCAUCGACGAAGGGAACAAGCUGUUGCACACGAGCACCACCAACUCGUCGAUAAACGGGGACGUCGUGUCGGUGGACGUCUGA